GGAGCAGACGGUACUUUCGGUGGAAGUUUGAGAGACACCAACCAAAGGCAUCUACAGCCAGCCAGCUUCACAGCUCUACUACUGCAACAGUACUAGUCCUCUUCUUCCAGAAAACAUGACAGAGAGACGCAUCCCCUUCAGCCUGCUCCGCACCCCUAGCUGGGACCCCUACAGGGACUGGUACCAGGGCAACCGACUCUUCGACCAGUCCUUCGGUAUGCCUGCCCACGCAGAGGGGUUACCCUCCUUCUCCAGCACCCACUGGCCUGGAUACAUGCGCCCCGCCCUCGGCCACGACCUGUCCUCUGCCGGCUUCAUGUCCUCUAUGAUGCCCCACCAGCAGAGUGCAAUGAUGCCCUUAGUCCCAAUGAUGCCCCAAGCCCCAAUGAUGGUCCAGGCCCCCAUGAUGGCCCAGGCUGGGGCAGCAUCGUACGCCCGCGCCCUCUCCCGCCAGCUCAGCACUGGCAUGUCUGAGAUCAAGCAGACCCAGGAAGCCUGGAAGGUCACUCUGGACGUCAACCACUUCUCCCCUGAAGAGUUGGUGGUCAGGACCAAGGAUGGCGUGGUAGAGAUCACUGGCAAGCAUGAGGAGAGGAAGGACGAGCAUGGAUUUGUGUCCAGAUGCUUCACUAGGAAAUACACACUUCCCCCUAUGGCUGACGCUGAGAAGGUGACGUCCACCUUGUCUCCUGAGGGAGUGCUGACCGUGGAGACUACUCUGAACAGGCAGGCCAUCAAGGCUGCAGAGAUCUCCAUCCCUGUCACCAUGGGCAGCAGCAAGACCAAGCCCUACGACAUGACGACGAGGAAGGGAAGUGGCAAUGGGCACCAUUAUGAUGAGCAUCAUGAAGAGAAGGAAGAAGAGGAGUGAAACUCCAAACAUAAACACACUCACACACACAUAGUAGACACAGAUGAAAUGGUUAGACAGAAAGAGGGAAGAUAGGCAAAACUGUGAUAAUUCCACACGUAUUGUAUAGUUACAGUAGGCUCUGGAAAUGCAUCUAUGAUGUUAUACGUUUCACGUGUGCUCACACUAACACCACUUGCCUGCUCUAUUCCACACUGCAGUAAUUACUAUCUGCAUUUGAGUCAAGCAACAACAACAAAAACAGUUACACACACACAUACACACACAAUCCUCAUUCCUAUUAUGCGCUUGCUAGGAACUGAAAACGAUUAGAUCUGCAAACAGUGACUGCAGCCCUGCUGUUGCAUCAUCAUUCUGUGCUUGCUGCUCUCUCUCUCUCUCUCUCUCUCUCUCUCUCGCUCUCUCUCUCUCUCUCUCUCUCUCGCUCUCUCUCUCUCUCUCUCUCUCUCUCUCUCUCUCUCUCUCUCUCUCUCUCUCUCUCUCUCUCUCCUUACAGACAUUAACACAGCCAAGAAGAGCCAGGACACCAGUGAUUCUGUAGCCUAGUCCUAGAUAAUUUUGUUGACAAUGGAAUUGGAAAGACUGCACAUACUGAUCUGGACCAGGCUAGUGAUACACACAGAACACCAAAGAACCAAUGGGCCAGCACAGCACAGAAAUUCUAUUCAUUCUUUUUCUAUGAUUUCACCAUCCUCUGACUGUUACUGGCCAAUCACUGUUGUUAAAAUAUGGUAUUUAAUACUGGUCUGUACUGUAGUUGCAUUUGGAAAGCUGUACCCACGUAUAAUGGUGAGUAAAGAAAAAUCCUAAUA